AUGUCUGACGACGCCUCCUACAUGUCUUUCCUCAAUAGAGCCAACGCCGACCCCAAAGCCGGAGGCCAUGAACAAGCCAACUCGACGUCUGAGUCCCGCACCAAGUUCGAUCCAACCAACACUUCGUCAUCCUCGGACGUCUCUUCUGAAACUCUCCCGGCUUCAUUAAAGUCCCUACCUGACAUAACAUACACGUCGGACACAGACUCGCCCUUCGAGCCCGUCGUCUUCAGCUACUCUGGGUCAAAGCUGCCUAGUGUGUCGGAUUUCGAGAAGUGUUUGAGCCAUAAGGGACAUACAAGUGGCAGCGUGGAGGAGCUGAGCACACAAGAUUUCGAUCCUAGAAACCAGUAUCAAGAUAUUAUUGCACGCGUGGAACAAGCAGGAAGUGGAGGUGUCAAGGUUUUUAGAGUAGAGGUUAGCAGGACACGAGCAGAGUACUAUAUCUUGACGCUGGGGGAGAGGAAGUUGAUCGGCGUGGUAACUAAGGCGGUUGAGAGCUGA